UGAAGAAGAGUUCUUCUUGUUUUGUAGCUUCAGUUUCUCUGAUUUUUACACAAAUUUACUAAAACUAAAUAUAAAAUACAGCAACAAAAUAAAGCUCUGCGGGAAGGAGGCAGCCGGACUGUUUAUAUGCUGUUAUUCCAUCGUGGAUCGGCUUCUUAUAGAUAUAUAUUUAAUUAAUCUAGAGGAGGACUGCUGCUGAGGCAGCACAGAGGGGUGGAGUCCAGUCCCACAGCCAGGUGCGGCACUUUAAUGCUUCAGUUGGAUGGUUUUCCUACUGGAGACGGUGUUAAGGCUGAUCGAUCGGCUGGCAGACUGACUGGAUCCAUGAUGGAAUUACAGACGUUACAGGAGGCUCUGAAGGUGGAGAUCCAGAUCCAUCAGAAACUGGUUGCCCAGAUGAAGCAGGACCCUCAGAACGCAGAUCUGAAGAAGCAGCUCCACGAACUCCAAGCAAAGAUCACAGCACUCAGCGAGAAGCAGAAAAAGGUGGUGGAACAGCUGAGGAAGGAGCUGUUGGUGAAGCAGGAGCCAGAGGCAAAGCUGCAGCUGCAUGUCCAAACUCCUCCAGCAGGCGGCGACAUCAAGCCAGCUAACCUGCUGCAGAGCCAGCAGAUACCUGGAGGACUACAGCAGCAGACUCUGACAGUCACACCGGUCCUCACCACGAAGACUCUACCUCUGGUGCUGAAAGCUGCCGCCACGCCCGCCCUGCCCGGUUCUGUCCUGCCACAACGCCCGCCCACUGUCGCUAUGGUAGCCACGGCUAUCACCAAACCCGACUCGCAGAACGCCCCCAUCAACCUGCAGGUGGCCAGCAAGCUGACCAAUCAGAGCUCGGAACCCGUGCGACUGGUAUCCAAGAACGCCAUGGUGGUGCAGGCCACCACCACCACCACCGCCCAGCCAAUCAAAGUUCCUCAGUUUGUCCCUCCUCCUAGACUGACGCCUCGACCCACCUUUCAGCCACAGGUCAGGCCAAAACCGGCCACACCCACCAACGUCCCCAUCGCCCCGGCCCCUCCCCCGCCCAUGAUGGCGGCCCCCCAGCUGCUCCAGAGGCCCGUCAUGUUGGCCACCAAGCUGUCGUCCUCGCUGCCGUCGGCGGCUCCCAUCCACCAGGUCCGCAUCGUUAACGGGCAGCCCUGCAGUAAGACCAGCUCCACCCCCCUGACGGGCAUUGUCAUCACCACGCCGGUCUCUGCUACCCCCACCCGCCUCGCCAGCCCCGCCCAGGCACCCAACCCCACCCCUAUCCCUGCCCCAACACCUGCCCCGAUCCAGAUCAGCAGCCUGACCACUGAGCCCAAGCAGACUGUUAAAUCAGGAGGCGGCGCAGAGCAGAAGGCCGUCGUCAGCCUCCCCUCUUCCUCCACUCCUCCGCUGUCUCCUCCUCCUCCUCCCAGACCCAAGAAAGAGGAGAACCCAGAGAAACUGGCCUUCAUGGUGUCUCUGGGCCUCGUAACACACGACCACCUGGAAGAAAUUCAGAGCAAACGACAAGAGAGGAAGAGGAGAACGACGGCCAACCCGGUGUACAGCGGCGCCGUGUUUGAGCCCGAGAGGAAAAAGAGUGCAGUGAGUUACCUGAACAGCCCUUUGCACCAGGGGACCAGGAAGAGAGGUCGCCCACCCAAAUACAGCAGCGUCCCGGAGCUGGGCAGCCUCACCCCGACCUCCCCCUCCAGCCCUGUCCAUCCCCUCCCCCUGCCCAGCCCCAGCUCUGGGGAUGGAGACAUCCAUGAGGAUUUCUGCACUGUGUGCAGACGCAGUGGCCAGUUGCUCAUGUGCGACACGUGUUCUCGUGUUUAUCACCUGGACUGCCUGGAUCCACCCCUGAAAACCAUUCCUAAAGGCAUGUGGAUCUGUCCAAAAUGUCAAGAUCAGAUCCUGAAAAAAGAAGAGGCCAUUCCCUGGCCCGGUACCCUGGCUAUAGUUCAUUCCUACAUCGCUUACAAAGAAGCUAAAGAAGAGGAGAAACAGAAACUGAUGAAAUGGAGCUCUGAACUCAAACUGGAGCGAGAGCAGCUCGAACAGAGAGUCAAACAACUCAGCAACUCGAUAACGAAAUGCAUGGAGACCAAAAACACCAUCCUGGCUCGUCAAAAAGAGAUGCAGCUCUCCCUGGAGAAAAUCAAACACCUGAUUCGCCUCAUCCAAGCCUUCAAUUUCAACCAAGCUCUGGCAGAGACAGAGGGUAAGGACUUCAGUGCCAGAGUCCAGGACAGUGCCGAGGGGGCAGCCGGCUCUGCAGCUGCACCAGAAGCCAACUCUGUGGAGAAAGUGAAGGCUGGGAGCACCUCAGCCAGCAGCAACACUGAUGGAAGCAACAAACAAGAGGAGCAGGGAGCCGCAGGGAACAACCAGACAACCGCAGCAGCAGGAGGAGACGCUGACGGCCAGGCUGUCCUAGAAGACAGCGCGGGCCUAACAGCGGAUGACAGCCCCGGUGUGGGGGCAGGGGGUGAGGCAGAGCCUGGUGUCGGGGCGGUGGAAGGCGGAGGGGGUGACACGGGGACCGGUGUCCAGGCGGAGGCUGCGGCCAAGCCUGAGACUGAGGCGGCUCUGGCGGUUGACAUUCCUGCUUCCUCAGCAGUCCCGACCGUUGCCACCACCAACGGUACGGCCGAGCCGGCCUGCCCUGACCGCAGCCCCGCAGGAGGCUGCCCCGCCACCGCCAACUCUGAGAACAAGAUGGCUUCCGUCAACCCUCCAGAGACAGCGGUGGAGAAGAAACAGGAGGAGAUCACUGACAGUGAUGGCAGCAACAACAACAACAGCAAAACCUCAGAACCCUCCCAGCAUUCUUUGCCAGCUCUUGUCAGCAGUUUGGACAAUAAAAAGUAAUGCUAUGUCUCUUGAGUUGCGGGAAUUCAAACAUAUAUAUUAAAAAAAUGACUUUUGCUUGCACCAUACGGUGCCCUGAAGUUGCCAAUCUGUAUAAAUGUUGUUUGUUUGCAUUGUAUUGUCAGACUGUGUCAAUGGUAGAUAUACAGCCCAAGUCACAUGGCUCUGGGAAGACGUAGGCUGUUCCACUCACAAAGCUGGGGUACAGGAAGGCUUACGUACCAGUGUCAUCAUGCCAAUUAGUGAUAGACAUCAGUGGUGGGAAUGCUCAAAGGGAGAUUUAAUUCAUCAUCACACCAGUGUGUGCCUGUUAUAGUGGCCCCUGUGUUCUCUUGUGGGGUGGGGAGAUGGGCUCACAUGGGUACAGAGAAAACCAAGAACAUGAAACCAAACAUCUGUCGGGGGUUACCGGUCUAAAAAGCAGUGUUUUGAGAGAGUACGCGUACUGAAAAGAGAACCUGUUCAUCCCCUCGUCCCGACAAACUUAAUGUGAACAACCUUUAGCUUCUGCAAUCCCAUGACCCUGAUCACCUCUUCCUUUCAACAACCCUAAACCUUUCCCGGUCAACUAACCCCUAAACGCUGCUCCCACUGAUCUUAAACUGACUUCCCUGAUUUCCCAAGCUUACCCAUUAACAAACAACUUAAACCAUCUUUACUCAGCAAAAUCCUGUAAUCUUUCCCAUCCUUCCCCAGUUCACCAACGAUCCAAUGUGGUGUACCGAAGGUUCAGUAUGCUUCAAACGAACUAGUUCAUGCUACGUGUCGAAUGAACACAUCUAAAGGCGAAAGUGUUUAUAGCUGUUCUGAACGGCCGGACUAGAUGAGAGGUGAAAAGCUGGCUGUUGACGGGACAGAUGUGAUGAAUUCAAAAAAAGAAAUAACAGCACACAGAAUCAGUUUGUCCCCAAACGAAUUUGUGGUGUUGCACUACAUCAAAAGAGAAGUUGAAACCAUGCUGACUUUCUCAUAGCAGCUCACCUGGCCGCUCGCUGCUUUAAGUCUGUGUGAUCGUUGGUUUCCAUAGAUGGGAAUCUGUAUCAGACAUCCAGCAAAUACUUUGUUUGAAGCAUACUGACACCUUUAAACCAACUUCCCUAACUUCCCCAUCAACCCGUGACUCGAACCAUGUUCAGUAUCAGUAUCCUCCCUCUAGUGACUAAAACCUUAACUUUAACCUUCCUCAGUCAACCAGCAAUCCAACGUGACCUAAAUUCUUUCAGCUAGAAGGUUUCAUUAUGCUUCAAGUUAACCAAUUUGUACAAAGUGUCAGCUGAAUACUGGUCAUUGUAGAGAAGAACGAGGUGCAAUGAAUCUUUGGGAAUUACCUUCCCCAGUCCACCAAAAAACGGCUCAGAAUGCUUCAGAUGAACUAAUUUAUAUGAAGUGCUGUUCCGAAGGCCCAAACUAGACGGCAACGUGAAAAGCCAGCCGUUGUAACGAGCAGCGAGAUCUAAUUAAUCAUUGAUGUGGCGAUAACGGAGUACAUUUCUUAGUUCUUAGUUGUUCACAAUCUCAUCACCUUGUUGGAAUGUCAAUUUAAGAAAGUUACAAAAUUAACAGAUGCACUCCCCCCUCAGCUGCAUGUCAGAAAGGUCUGGGGGGGGAGAGGUUUUUUAGAUACUGGGCCAUCCGACAAGUACUUCAUUGGAAGCAUUCUGGCACCUUUAAACUGGCGUCCCUACUUUCCUGUCAACCAAUGAUUUAAACUGUCUUCAGACUACAAAAACCUAUCCUUUAGACCAAAUGCUGUAACAUCCCCCCCGUGACCAAAAGACAAAUUUCCCCUGUCCAUCAGCGAUCUAAUUUCUCCUCCCUCAGAAAAGGGUUCAGUAUGCUUCAAUCCUAGUUUGUGCUAAGUGUCAUCUGAACACAAACAGAACAUCAAACAGGUGUCAGACACAGCUCCUGCUCUACUCAGAAGUCGGGAAAGUUGUGAGGACGUGAUUUUCAGAUGUUGUUCGAUGAUCCAACGAGCACUGCGUUUGAUUUGUACUGAUGCCUUUAAAAAGAAACCCCCAACCUCCAAAUCCUGCAACUUAAACUGUGUUUUUUGUACAAAGAAAAACUCAGCAGCCUUCCCCUAGUGACUAAAACCCAAACUUACCUUCCCAAGUCCUCCAACCUUCUGGAACCCUGACAACCCCAGGGAAGGUCCUACCCUCUCCCAGUUGACCAAUGACCAAACAUCCCCUACCAACCAACAAUCCCAGCUUCCCCUCCCCCAUCUCUGUCCCCGCUUGUAUCCCCGAGCUCAGGCAGAAAAGACGCUGACGUUGUGUUCAGCGGGUAUGGAGGACGAGGUCAAACAGGCGCGGUAGCCUAACAGAUGUUUUCAGUGGUGUCGGUCAAGUGUAGUGAUUGAGUUUUCAUUCGUGAGUUAAGUGUGUCAACUGUGAGCACUAAAUGUGAAAUUGCAAUAUUGCAAUGUCAACACACACAAACUAUAUCUGGGCUGUGUUUCUUUUUUAUAGGAAAAGAUAUUCAGGUCUUCCUAGUCUUCAGAAUAAGUGCUUUCUGUUCCUGAACCUGCUGGACUAGCAUAAUCAACACGGAAACGAAUCCUCUUUUUGAAGUGGUGAUCUUUGCAUUAUGUACAUUUCUGUUGAAUCCUGAACUGCCAAAAUGAUGUUGUAUCCAAAUUCAGCAGGGACAAGUCCACUUACUGUUUUGAAAGAUCAAAUCAUUGGCAUUGUAAGAUAUAGAUGCUACCAUUUCAGAAAUUGGAAGUCCCCAGAUUGAGACAGGAGAGCUUAUUAAACAAUAACAUUAAAGGAACUUUUUUUUUCCUUGAAAUGGAGGGAUUUGUAGUAUGAACCUGCUCCUUCAGAUGGAUCGCUAAGGAAAAUACCACAAAUCCUGAGAUAAAAGCACAAGCUUGCUGCAUUACAAAGAAGUGCUGAAGAGCUUUUUGUAUGUUAAUAUGGAAUUAAACAGAGUAUGCAUCUCUUUGUUGUGAUGUGACUUAUCCCCACAUUGCCAAUAUUUUUCUAGGAGGAAAUACAAACCUCUGUCUGACAUUUACGCUCAAGUCUAGUUCAAUAUUUUUGGGGAGGAAUUGCUGGGCUUCUGACUCAGAAACCCCUUCAUCCCCUCACAGUUAGACUAGUGCAUCUCUUCUUUCUGGAGCAUGUCUGGGCUGAAAUGUGAUGCUGUUAUUCGUUGGCUUGGUGGCUGUCAGUUCGGGUCUGUCUUUGUCUGGUGAACUGAACAUGACUUCUGGCUUCUUGUUGGGUACGGGGCAUUAACAAACUCUGGUCUGUUCAUUAACGGUGCCUCUGGUUGUGCUGGAAUGUUUUUCUUUCUUUGUUUCUUUUUGCAAUA